GUAUCAGUACAAACUAUUUACUCCACCCUUCAAAAGGCACCAUAUAACCUGCUGGUCAAAAGAGGUUCCUCACUGUUCUGCCAUCGUAGCACAUAUACGGAAGACCAGACACUUUCACAGCAGUGAGUUAGCACUCAAAAGAAACUAAAAUGGUGUCCAUGUGCCGCCAGAUGCUGGGCUUUGGCCUGGGCAUCAUUGGCUUCUUGGGGACCAUCAUUGUUUGCGCCCUUCCCAUGUGGAAGGUAACAGCAUUCAUCGGAGCCAACAUUGUGACGGCGCAGAUCAUCUGGGAGGGGUUGUGGAUGACCUGUGUCAUGCAGAGUACAGGCCAGAUGCAGUGUAAAAUCUACGACUCCAUGCUGGCACUGCCCCAGGAUCUGCAGGCCGCCCGAGCUCUGAUCAUCAUCUCCAUCAUCAUCUGCCUGUUUGCAAUGAUCCUGGGAAUCAAUGGAGGCAAGUGCACCAACUUUGUGGAGAAUGAGAGCAAAAAGAUCAAAGUGGCUAUUGCCAGUGGCGUCACCUUCAUCAUUGCUGGAGUCCUGUGUCUCAUCCCAGUCUGCUGGUCCACCAACACCAUCAUCCAGGACUUCUACAACCCCAUCGUCAACAGUGCUCAGAAGAGGGAGCUUGGGGCUGCACUCUACAUUGGCUUUGGCACUGCUGCACUUUUGAUUCUCGGUGGAGGUCUUCUCUGCAGUUCCUGUCCACCGCAAGAGGAGAAGAAUUACAACAAUGGCUACAAGUACUCCCAGCCACGUUCCAUUGCCAAUAGCAAAGCCUACAAUUUCAUUGCUUAUACGAUGCGCCAGUCAUCCACACAAUCGGUUGCUAUAGGCUCAACUGUUCACAAAGGAAAGGGGGAAGGCAUUUCCCUUCAGCAGGGACUCUCAUUGGCUAUUGAAGGCUAUGGACAGGACAUGGACGCUCCUAUUGGUUCAAAUGAGGUGUCAAUCGAAAGCUGUGCUGGAGAGAAAAAAAGAGUCAAUCACUCAGUGUUGCGUGCAUCUCAUUUGGAAAUGGCAUCAGUGGGGCUGCAGAUGCUAGGGAGCAUACUAGCUCUAAUUGGCUACAUCGGGGUGAUCAUCGUGUGUGGCCUGCCCAUGUGGCGAGUCACGGCCUUCAUCGGAACCAACAUUGUGACAGCCCAGAUUUUCUGGGAGGGCAUCUGGAUGAAUUGCGUGGUGCAGAGCACAGGCCAGAUGCAAUGCAAGGUCUACGAUUCCAUGCUCGCUCUAACUUCGGACCUGCAGGCUGCCCGCGCACUAAUGGUCAUUGCACUGGUGGUGGGCAUCGCUGGGAUCUGUAUGGCCUUUACUGCUGGCAAGUGCACCAAUUUAAUUGCUGAGGGGAAGGGCAAAGCGAGGGCAGCUGUGGCCGCUGGAGUCAUCCUAAUCAUUACAGGUAUCCUUUGCCUCAUUCCUGUGUCCUGGACAGCCAGCAGUAUCAUGAGAGAUUUCUACAACCCCUCACUUGUUGAUGCCCAAAGGCGUGAGCUGGGGGCUUCACUGUACAUUGGAUGGGGAGCCGGACUUCUCUUGGUGCUAGGGGGAGGACUUCUCUGUAGUUCCUGUCCAACACAGCAAAAUCGUGCACCAUCCCUCAAGUACCAGCCAUUCAAAACUAAAUUAUCGACUGGGAAUAAUUCAGUGCCCAGCAAAGUUGCAACAUCACAGAGGUCUACCACGCCAUCUAAGACCUACAUCUAAAAUCAUGUGAAGGACUUUACGCAUAAGACGAUGCUCAAAAUACUAAAUGUUAUGUAAUCGUGUCUAUGUUUUUUUUACUACUAUUUGAAAUUCUGUAGCAUUCUCUCACUGUAUUAAAUUUGUAUAUGUGCACAAUGUUUUGUUUUCACAAAGUUUUUUGACAAAUAAAGGGUCAAACUUACAUUGUAUUGUUCAGAUAACCUGUUGUG